UUUUCAUAACAAAUAUAAGUAUUAUAGUACAAUAUUGAAUAUUGAAUAUUAUAUUAUGCACAUAAUAAUAAUAUUAUGACAUAAUUGUGUAUUUGUGUCCCAUUCACGGAGGCGUAGAGUGCCAUAGCCAGGACUGUGACGGUUGAGAUUACGGCAAUUUGGGUAAAAUAGCUUAACAGACCGUCGGGGAUCGUUCGCUAAAUCCACACCGUCGUCGUCCACCACGUGCCGCGCCAUAGAUUUCAAACGUCCGUCGCGUGUUUUCGUUUUGAAUUGUUCGUCGCUGCCAUGACCAACGAAGCGCGGAACAACCUGAUCCUGUCGAUGAACGACCCGUCGAACAUACUCUACUCGGACGAAUUUGUGGUGAUCGUUGCCGACCAGUACCCCAAGUCCGAACAUCACUAUCUGGUUAUGCCCAAGGAAGACCUGUUCGAUGUUCGCUCGCUCAGAGAGCACCAUAUACCCAAGCUCAUCUAUAUGGAGCUCAAAGGCCUCGAGUACGUGAUGCGUACCACUGGACUGUUUGCACAAGAUUUACUAGUUGGAUACCAUGCUUUUACAUCAAUGAACCGAUUACACUUGCAUGUGUUGAGUAAAGACUUUUGUGGGCCACACAUGAGACUGCCUCACCAGUGGAAUUCAUUUAAUACGGAAUUCUUCAUACCUACUCACAAAAUAAUUUCUGAAUUACAAUCCAUAGGACACACAGUAUUGCCGCCCAACAAGAAAAUUUUGCAUCAACCAGUUCAAUGUAAUAAAUGUGACUUCUUCACCAAUGAAAUUAAACAUUUAAAAUUUCAUUUGAAGAUGGUUCACUAUGUGCCACAAAUUGUUUAAUAUUUACUACCUAUCAAGUUAUACUUAAGUAUUGAUAAAUCAUAAUAUAUUAUACAUGUAAGAUAUUUUAAAUUUUGACCUAUACAAAUAAAUGCAAACUUUUGGAUCCAACA